AGAGUAUAUUAAAAAUGCUGUUAGUUUACGUAGUAUCUAUAACAACAAUUGAAUUGGCGGAAUGUUUUAAUAACCAUUUUGUUGUUCGUAAACAAGCCUACAUUUUUUCAAAAAAUUUGAAGUUUUUUGCAUGAUUUCAUGGCACAUUCGGCUAAAGAUUUGAUUAAUCCAAAACCACUGAGCUUAUUUCGAGAGAAAAUAAAUGAAAAUAUAGAGAAAAAGGUUUAUGCCAGUAAAAAAAGAGCGCCUCUAGGAAGAAGCUAUAAUCAACAAGAGAGACUUCCAUCUUCUGUAAAUUACAGAGAAACUUCUUUUGGACUUCCUUCAAUACAUGAGAGUGAUGCUGGUAUUUUAAUAAAUCCUCGAAAAUCAUCUAGAGAGGUAUACAGAGAAAAUCAAAUAGGUUCAGAGCUUUACAAGAAAAGUCAUAAUGUUUAUGACGUAGGUGAAACUUGUGAUAGAGGAUACAAUUGGUCAUACUUUCCUAAAUCAAAUGCAUUUGGAAUAGAAACUCCUCAUGAUAACAGAGGUCUAAAUACCAAGAAAUCAUUAAAAUGGUUUGAUCGAACAUUAUGUGACAAGUCAGUAAAGAUUAUUUCAAAACAAUUAGAUGAUUUUUGUGAGCGCAAUACUCCGAAAAUAGGAAUUUGUCAUGAUCCCCUUAAAAACACUUUAAACGUAGAUAGAAAUCAUGCAUUUGGCAUAAGAAUACCACUUGAUGAAACAUGUGCCAGAGAUUUAAUUUAUAUGAGAAACACUGUUUGUUCUUCUGUUGAAAAAAAUUAUCUUUUAUUUGUCAUAAUUAAAAUUAGAAAUCAGCUGCAAAAUAAAAACUAUGAAAACUUUGAUGAGUUAGAAAAUGCAUUUAUUUGUGAAGACAAGAAUCACACUGGACUGAUUGAUUUAUUAAAGAUUGAGGAGGUUUUUUUGAAAACUAGAGUUCCAAUCAAUAAGAAGCUACUGACUAAUUUUAUUCGGUAUUUGAAAUGGAGCAGAAACCAAAAAAUGAACUAUUCUCAGCUCAUUCAAAUACUUAAUUGGAAAGAGGAACUGUCUGAUGAUAUUGAAAAAAUAUUUGAAAUAAAAUCAAAUGCCAAUGACGUUUUACAAAAGGAUGAACCUAAGCAGAUACAAAAAGGAAAAAUAGACUCUAGUUCUCGAUCAUAUGGCAUCCCAAGCAUAAGAAAUGAUCUUCAUCCUCCGACUUUAAGAAAAAUUGGAGAUAUUAGGAACUAUGGAGACCAACACAACUUUUAUACCUUAAUGAAUCCAUCAAAGUUUUCAGAAUACGGCGUGGAACCUUUCGACUUAAGUAAAAAAAGAAGUUCAGAAGAGAUUAAGAAAAUUUUUACUGCCAUUGGAGUCGAAAUUACUGAUGAUGUUUUUUGUGAGUUGUGGGAAAAAGCACAAAAUAAAAGUUCAGAUGGACAGGUUUCUAUUGAGUUGUUUAAGUCCGUUUUACAUCAAAAAUCUGUUGAAGAAAUUAUGUCGAAUGUAGAACGUAUAAAAGUGAGUAAUGACUUUCAAGCAACAAUACACUCAGCUCUUGCAAACAAGCCAAAGUAUUAUCAGAAACUUAGCCAAAUCACAUGAUAAAGUAACCAUGAUGACGUUGAAUAUUUUGCUAGUAGCUAAUUUAUUUUUUAUAAAAUGAUUUUACGGAAUAUAUGUAUAUUUUUUAAAA